UUCAAUGCGCGUCGAGACUCUGCUGCGUUCAGUCGCCAGUGCGCUUUCAGAUACACUCGUCGUAACCCGACUUCAGAUACUUCUGCGCUGCGCGUGUGUCUAAACUUUCAUGUGUCCAUGUGCGUCCAUGUGCGUCCAUGUGUGUGUCUGUGCGGGUCCUAAGUGAGAAAAUUCGUACCCAAAAACAAGGCCAUUUUUAACCAACUGCACAACAAAUUUAAGAUAAUACAGUAAACAAUAUAAAUAAUAGAGAUUAACGAAAAACAAUGGCCACCUCAACGCUGCAAUCUCCGGCCGCGUCGCCGUCCCCAUCUUCCACACCCUCGUCGGUGAAGAAUCCGCAACUGAAGCGCGUCGUCUACUCCAAGUAUCGGGAACUGCUGGGAUCGUACAACGAUAAGGCCAAUGCCAUCAUCGACACGCUGCCUGCCUAUAUGGUGCGUCAGGAUCGUGGAUUUCAACUGUCAGAGUUGCCCCUGACUGCGGAUACCAAGAACUGCAUGGAAUCAUCCUAUGGACAACGCGGGGCAGGAGGAGGCGGCUCAGGAGGUGGAGGCUACGAGGCCCCGGCCUGCGUACAGAAUGCGAUGAUGACAAAAGACAAGAAGCCGUUCACCUACACCCCAGGCGGCAUAGAUCUCUCCCAGAUCCGGUCGGAGCGCAUGGCCAAACGGUUGGCGCGCAACGCCCAGUCGGAGGGUGCCACAGGAGCCGCCCAACAAAACAGACCCGCCCAGCCACAAUCGCCAGGGGGAGCCCCCAAUGCGGCCAACGCGAUGGGCGCAGCUGCCAUGGGGAUGCCUUUCCAGGUGCUGCCGCCGCCGCCACCGCCACCGCAACCACAGACACAGGGUAAGAACGGCUCUCAAUUUGGUGCCGCUGCUGCUGCUGCACCCCCACCACCACCCCCCCAACAACCCAGCACACUAGCGCCACCCACGGGCCGACUCAGUGCCCCAGGUUCGCCUGCCACGGCCCGCAAGUCUCCGACCCCGCAGCGCUUCGAGCCUCCCCCAUUGGGCUUCCGUCCGGAAAUCAAGAUUCCGGCGAACCCAAUGGCCGCUCUGCGAAAGGUCCCACCACCGGUGGAGAAGAACACAUUCUGGAAGGAUGAGUAUGUCAAGGACCGCUCCAAGAGUCCCCUGCCAGAGACUACCAGCACCACCAGCAACCAAAAUGGAGACUACAAUGGCAGCAAUGGAAGCAAUUACAACAACUCAGACGCUGUCGAUGGUCCAAAAUCGUUUGACAACAGCAGCAACAACAACUGCAACAGCUAUAGCCCCUACACACCCACUCAGCCACAGCAACCCAAGACCCCACCCAUGCAACAGCAGCAGCAGCAACAGCAAGCGUAUCAGCAGCAGCAGUAUCCUACGCCGCCUGCCACUCCGCUGCAGUAUCAGCAGGAGCAGCAGUCGCCGCGUCAGGAGUUCCGCAGUGUGGCCAUGCCCACAUCGCCAGCUGUCAGCGUCUACACACGUCAGACGGAAAGUCCUCGCUCUCCCUUCGAGCGUCAGACGGAGAGUCCCCGCUCGCCCUUUGAGCAGCAACGAUCACCAGCAGCCAACUCUCCCCUGGCUAAUGCACCGCAACAACAACAGCAGCAACAGCAGCAGCAACAGCAGCAGCAACAACAGCAGCAACAGCAGCAGCAACAGGCAGCCCAAUCCGUGCCGUGGCGUACACAGCGUGCUCAGCCUGCCCCACAGCAGCAGCAGGCCCCACAGCAUCCACAGCCCAUCUACAACAAUGUACAGCAGCAGCAGCAGCAGCAGCAGCAACAGCAACAGCAACAGCAACAGCAACAGCAACAAAGAUCUCGCGAUGUCUUCAGCCCAGGACGGAUUGAGACAUCAGCAGCAACCAAUUUCAAUGCACAGCCGCUGCAGCAACAGAACUUUGGCCAGCAACAAACACAAUAUCCAGGAGCAGCAAAGCCGACCAACGUUGGAUCGCUCUACAUUGCUCCCCUGGCUCAGCCCACAGAGCCCCAGGCACAGCGCAUUCUGCUCCAGCAACAGCAGCAAACACCGUCCCGCGACUCGCCCAUGCGUCAGUUGCCACAACAGCAGCAACAGCAACUACAACAGCAGCAGCAGCAGCAACCACAGCAACCGCAGAGCAACCAACCGCUGCGUUGGCUCAGCUCUCAGCCAGCAAGCAAGGAACAGGCACCCUGGGCUCGUCCCGAGGAAAAUGGCAAUGUACUGCCCUCGACCUUGAGGCAGACCACGCCGGCGCCCCAGUCCCAGCCACAGCAGCCGCCACAGUCUCAGACAUCUUUCUACCAGCCACAAUUGGUACAAGGCAAUGGCUAUGGCCCCACUGCGGGUCCUGUUUCGGCUCCGUCUGCAGCAAUCGGUCAGCAGAACUUUGGAUCGCAUCCUCAGGCAGGGGGACUGCGCUUGCAGAUCAACUUGAACACGAAUGGCAGCAACAAUAAUACCACUCAAAGCGGUCCAAGGGAGCGCAUCAUACCCAUAACACUGGAGCAGACCCCAACCUAUGCCGCUGCACAACCCAACUUUGGUGCGCCUGGUGGGCACAUAAUACGCUCAGCUAAUCAAUUUGUCGAUCAAGGUUACAACAAUUAUCCAGCCCAGUCCAGCCACCCGCACACGCAGUGGCGUGAGCCCAGCUCCCAGCGUGUCCUGUCGCCCAACCUCCAGGCUCCUCCAACGGGCAACGGGAUCAGCAGCAGCAACGGGAAUGCCAAUGGAGCGCGGAUUAUACCCAUUUCGAUUGAGGGCGGACGGGGGGGACCCGUCUCCCAGUCUCCAGUGCUGCUUCAAAAUGGCAAUUACAAUGUGUAUGUGCACCAGUGUCCGCUCGAGGCGGAGAUACUCUACAGAAAGAAUCGUCUCAGCGAUCCGCGCUCACCGCCCAUCCAAUCGAAAUCGUUUAGAAUAUUGCAAAAGAUAACCGACACGGUGGACGAUGGCAGCGGUGGAGAGCCCCCGCGCCAAGAGUCCCCGCUGCAGCAGCCAGCGUCCCUGGACGAGGCCGGGGUGCCGCAGUUGCAGCGGCCCCAGUUCGCGCGCCAGAUGAGCGCCCAGCAGGCACGCAAUAGUCCGACCAUUGAGCAGAUGAGGCGCCUGCAACUGGCCCAGGAUCAGCAGCAGUCGGGUACGCCUUUAGCUUGGUCCCCGCAAGGUAACGGAGUCUUGGCCCAGAAUCGCUUUACGCCCCAACGUUAUGAUACACCCCAACAACAAUCACAGCAAUAUGUGCCGCCCAGUGAACAGCAGGUGCCGGAACCGAAGAAAUAUACCGGCAGUGCUAUACCCAGUCGAUCAUUCAAAAUCCUACAGGCAAUGACAACACCCGAAAAUGCCGAACAUAAAAUUCACACCGAGCUGGACUCGGAUUUGGAAAAUGUUGAAUUGAACGAAAUCCCAAAUAAUAAUAACUAUAAUCAAAAUACUGAAAAUACUGAAAAUACUCAAAAUAAUAAUCAUAAUCAGCAUAACAAUGAGAUUAACAGUAAAACCAAUAAACGUCACAGUUACACAUCAUCCACACCCACCCCCACACCCACCACAGACCACACCCAGGCCACAUAUUCAUCCAAUUCAUCCCUCAGCUCAGCCGACAGCUCGUGUCCCCCGCGCUCUCAGUCAGUGCCUCCACACUAUCCCUAUGCCUAUGGCUAUCCGUAUCCCUGGUAUAUGCCACCGCCCCCUGGAGACGCAGCUCCAAUGGCCCCAUCCCAUUGGCCGUAUCCUUAUCCCUAUCCCCCACCACCGCCGCCGCCGCAUCAUGCGGUGGAGGGAAAGCCAGCCGAUGUAUAUCCGCCCUACUCGUACUACUAUCCGUACCCGUAUCCGCCCACAAUGCCGCCCUACGGACAGCCACCAAGUGGCGGCGAUGCUCAGCCUCCGGCUGGGUAUCCACCGUUCCAUGCCAUGCCUCCCUACGGUCAUCCGUAUCCCUACCCAGUAGCCCCCAGCUACAGUCAGAGCUCCAACGAUGAGAGUCGCGCCAGCAGCGUGCUCCCGGACAUCAUCAUCACGCCCAGCACCGAUGACAUGCCCUCACAGGUGAUCAUGCAGCAUCACAUCAAGGUGGAGCCUCGCGAUUCGCCCAAGCGGGCCCACUCUGUGGAGAUCGAGGAGCUGGUGAGCAGGCCCAAGACCCGGAAUAUCUGCACCAGCAAGCACGAGGUCAUCGAUAUGCUCAGCCAGCGUCUGGCCAACAUUAACAAGAUUGCCGGCGGCAACACCCAUGCGAAUCUCUCCAAGCAGCUCCAGAAGGACUAUGCGGGCGAGCAGUCCAAGGAACUCGGAGCGAGAUCUCCCAGCGAGAACGCUUCGAUAGAUGACAGCGAUUCUGAGGAAGAGACCAGCGAUGAUGAGGACGAGGAGGAGGAUACUCCAAAGCACGCAAGUCGACCAGCUCCUUUGCAGGCAAUCAAGUCAGUGACCAACGUGCAGGUCUACAAAGGCAAAGCAUUGGAUCAGCAUUUGGACUCGGAGAGCAGCGAUAAUGAGGAUGAUGAUGAUGAGGAUGAGGAUGUGACCACAGCGGAUGAGAUGUUUGACGAAGAAGAACAGGUCGAGGAAGAGCAGGAGGCUCUCAUUGAAGAAAUCGAUGAUGAUUAUGUGGUCGAAGAAGACCUGAGCGUCAUAUACGAGGAGGAAAGUGAGCUGGAACGCAGUAGUGAAUAUGCCAAGACUGUCAUCCGAAGGGACGAUUCCAGGUCUACCCUUGUGGACGACAUAGAGAAGCAAAUAGAGGAUAACGACAAUGAUGAUGAUGACGAGUCCAACUCGGUAACCGUUCGCCUGCCGUUGCGUUUCUCCUUCAGUCGCAGCUCCAACGAUGAGAAAAUAGCCACCGUCCAGGUUGGCAAUACCACCCAAAUCGAAGAGAAGCGCCAGAGCAUCGUCAAUAGUGCGGAGAGCAAGCGCAGCUCCUUCAGUGUGGCAAAAGUAGAGAGCGCAGAUGAGGACGAGGACGACGACUGUGAGGUGAGUGUAACCAUAAGUCUGUCCAACUCAUCGCGCUCCAACUCGGUGGAAAAGUACAGACCUACAGAGGCCUAUUCCGUUGAAGAGAUGGCCACACCUCUCAAGGGCAGCAAGGAAGACGUAUCCGCCUCUUUCUCCCUGGGCAUGCGCAACAAGCUCUUGGGCGAGACCAUAGCCAACGAUGUGACCAACAACAUAUCUCGGGCCAAAGCAGAGCCUGAACCGCAAGCCAAAACUGUCGAAGAGACUGUCAAUGCUCCAACGGAGGACUUUGACUUCUUUGCCACGUUGAUGGCCACAAAAAUGCAGGCACAGAAAAUGAUGGAACAGUCCAAAAACUUCUGGAAAACCACCAACACAGAACCAGCCCCAUUAGAGCCGAAAGUAAAGGCUACCGACACUCCCCAACUAAGGGCCAAGGAGAACAGCGCCGAACCCAAGCCAGCCAGGCCCAAAUCGGCUGAUAUGUCUAAGGCACAGGCUUCCUUGGAGGCAGCGAAGAACAGCUUCUGGUCCACAUUCGCGACAGCUUCUCAAGAGCAGGAACAACCAGCCCCGCCAAUGGAGAAUCAAGAAGGGAUGGAUUUCUGGGGGAGUAUAGACAAGAAAAAGAAAAUUGAGUCGGGAGAAAAACAGUGGACAAAAAAUAAGAAAACUGUUACCUAUACUCCCCUAAAGAAGGAGACGGCGACAAGAGUGGAGCACUGGACAACAACACUGCGGGCUCACGUGGAAUCCAUGCCAUUGGCCCAAAAAGCUGAGGUUCAUUUUGUGGUGGAAGAAAAGCCCAUGGAAAUCGAGAAGACAAAAGAGCAGGAACAGAACGAGGACUUCUCGGCUUCGGAAGAUCAGUCAAGGGCCGCCUACAAAGAAGACUUGGAGAAUGAACUUACAUUUGAGGCUGAGAUGGAUAACUGGAAUGGCCAACAGGAUGAGCAGCAGGAUGAGGAGGACGCGGACUUCUGGGCCGACAACAAGUCUACAGCGAGCAGCAACGAGGACGAGAAGGCCUCGGGACGCUUUGCUUACGAUCCCACGAAAUACCCCGAGGAGCCCCGAGAGGUGGACACUGACGAAGAAAUUGAUUUCUGGGCCGAGAUCGAGGCGAAGAGGAAGCCAGACGACGACGAUGAUGUGACCUUCCACAGGUCGGCCACCUUCUGGGCCCGAAAAGAGCGUCAGAAUUCUGUGGAGGAAACCCCAUACAAGCCGGUGGAAAUCAAAGCCUUCAGAGCCAAGCUGCCCGAUGAGCCUGCCGUGGCAAUCGAUGUGUGGGCCACACUGGAGGCAGCACGUGGCACAGAGCCAGAGAUUGUCGAUCCCGUUGUGGAGGAGGAAAAGGUUCUCGCCGAGCAAUACGAGGAGCUGCACCACGACACUCCUGAGGAAGAGGAAAAGGAGGAAACACAGGACCAACCCGUGGACGAGGUGCCCGAGAGCAAUCUCCAUAUGGUAGAUACCAUGUCGCUAGCCUCCAUGCACGAGCCGGCCACAGUCUAUACCUGGGCUGCACCGCUGGAGGAAAGCUAUGAGGAUGUUGGGGAGCCCGACUUCUGGGCCGACAUCGAAGAGGAUCGCGCCAAGAAGGAGCAGGGCGAGGAAGUCGAGCAGAAGCGACACAACUACCGGAAGGCCAUGGCCUUCUUCAACACAUCCAUCGAUGGCCAGCAGUCGCCACCGCAGCCCAGUACCAGUCCAACACCCAAUCGCCACAGCGUUAUCCUGGAGGCUGAGGAGUCCCAAGACCUCGACCUGGGUCCACCGGGAGAAUACGAGAUUGUAGGCGAGGAUGGGGCGAUUAUGGAGGAGCAUAAGCCCCAGACCGCUGAGGCAGACGAAGAGGAGCGUGGAGCUCCCACUCCGACCAACUUUGAGCCACACCUUCCAGAGUUGUAUGUCGAGCCCGAGCCAGAGAUGAAGCGCUUGGCCAAUGGACUGCCCGACCUGGACGUGGAUAAGUUCAGUGAGGCGCCCAAAAUCUCAGUGCGCGACCGCAUCAGCGCCUUUGAGGUUAGUUCCGAUCAAGAUGCACCCAGCUCCAAGGCAUUGACCAUUCAGUCGCUAUCCGUGGACAGUGGUCAUGGAAAGGGGACACUGUCCCGCAACAGCAGCACGCAACGCUCCGAGUCGGAGAUCGAGGAGGAUGACUCGGGCGUCACGGAUAUGAAUCGACAGCUGUCAGAGACGGACACCGAGUCCGAGAGCUUCCCGGAGCUGCGGAAGAUGACCAGCUACCAGCGAGCCGCCACACAUUCCAGACUCUUUAAGCUGCUGCAGGACGAGAAUGACCUGCCCGAGGCAGCGGCCCAGGCUGAUGAGUUCCAGCUGAAGCCCAGCCGGCGCAAGAUCGUCCACAAUGUGUCCAUUACCCGGCGCCAGAAUCCCAACGCACUGGGCGAGGCCGAGAGCAUGACCCAGCGACGGGAGCGCCUCUCACUGCCGCUGCGCAAGAACACCAGCAUCGAUGCGGACAAUCCCUCGACGCCCAACAGCCCGGCCUCCCCCAUCAUGGGGCCCUCGGCCAAGAACCAGCGCGUGGUCAGUGACAAGCUCGUCAACGAACUGGUCCAGAGCCUACUCCUCAAGAGCGACAGCACACAUCUGCGCAAUCUUCCCAUGGAGCGGCUGCAGGCAGCCGCCAAGCGGGCCCUGGUCGAGGAGAUGGACUCCGCCCAGGAGAACAGUUCGCUGGACAGCACGCCCGCACCCACGCCAAAGCAGGACAAGGAGUACGCCGACUACUACAACAGCUGGUGCGACGCCAGCGGCAGUGGCGAGGAGGUUGUACCCUCGAAGGCCUUCCGAGCACUCCAGGAUCCGCGCCGCAGCCCCUGGACGGUGCGCUGUCCGCGGGUGCUCAGCUCAAAGACCAUCAACCGCGAUUUGGCCAGGGUCACGGAAUCGCCAGAGAUCGCCAGCGGUCGCGGCAGUAAGAGUCCAGAGUGCUUCCGUCAGCAAUCCCAGUCCAGGGAACGGUCGGUCAGCAGUUGGCGCAGGGUCUAAUGCUAGCUGGAAAUCGCAAGGCAAGAAAUGGCCUGUUGUAUAUAGAAGGGCGGGAUCUAUAGUCUUUAGCAGGGAUGUGAGACCGGUUUAAGUGGGAGACCAGUUCUUCCCAGAAGAGCCUCGAACGGAACAAAAGACCUAUGACCGACUAAACGAAAACCGACUUUAAGCGGGCUCUUGAGGAAAGCACUGUAUCAUUUUGAACCGAUUUGCAUUCCUAAUCCUUUGGUAAAGUAAGCGCCUCAGGCGAUCUGCCCCCACCCGCAAAACGCGCGAUAAAAGGGGCUGGGGCCAGUUAUUGCAUUUCUCAUCCCAAUCACAAACACCACACACACACAACUACACACAUUGUACAUUUUGAAUAUUAAUAAACUAAAUAUCUAAUAGAUACGAGUACCAUAAUGUAAAUAAACCAAUUGAGACCAAUGACAAAGAAAUCGUUCAUUCGUUCGUUCGUUUGUUACCUCAGUAAAGCGUAAGAUCAAAAUCAUUUCUAAAUCGAACCAAAAAUAAUACGAAGCAUAUAAAACCUGAAAAACCAAAAACCAAAAUCCAAACAAAACAAAAACCAAUCGAAAUCAACCAAAGAUCUAUCAAAUCGCCACAAUAAACAGCAAAAUAAAAACCAAUUUCAUCUCAACUCAAUGAUUUUGUAAAACUCGUUCAAAAUCCUAAGGACCUGGACAAUCGGAUCUAUAAUUAUUUCUCAAUGCCAUAGAAAUCUAUUAUAGCGCAACAAAGCAGCAUCGAGAAAACAAAACAAUCGCAAUGCUUGCUAUACGAUUAGACUUCUAGUUUAAGUCCAGCCGCAGUUAGGAUCGCAAGGGAAUGGGCACUAAGCAGCAGUUUUUAGUCAAAUUUCUUAAAACUAACCCACACCAUUGUAGAUGAAGAGAAAAUAUAUAUAUUUUUUGUUUUGUUUUGUUUGUUUAACGCGAUUUGGUAGCAGCACUAAAACCAAACAAAAACAAAAACCAUUCUAACACAAUUACGAAGCAACUAGCGAAAGCGAACCUUACGAAUACUAAUCCUAAUCGUUAAGCUCUGGAAGGCAGGUGCAAUGAGGUAACAACGAAACGAAUCAGAACUACACUGAAUACUACAUUACAAUGACAAGAAUCGACUAAGAUCAUUAUAUGAAUCCGGAUAAUACGAAACACGACUAAUAAAAUACUGUACUGUAUACUGUAUUGCAUAAUUUUUGUUAUUUGAGAGACGUGGCAAUUUCAGAAACAAUAUCACAUUUUACGAGAUCUUUUUGUUUGUGUCAUUCAUUAUUUAAUCAUUUAUUAUAUUCGUAUGCAUACGAAUCAUCUAUUAUUUUAUACCCAUUUAAAAUACGAUAUAUUUUGUGUUGUAUGAUUUUUUAUGAAGUGAACAUUUUUUAGUAAAUAAAGAGAUAAAACCAA